ACUACGUCGCCGUCACUCUUGACAUUUCAUCAAAACAUACACAAUUAAAAUGCAGUUCCUGCUGCAGUACGAAACAACGGAACGAGCCUAGAGAGAGCCUUCAAAUUAGAAUCAAAUCAUGAAGUAAAACUGCGAUUUUUGAUGGAUGAUCGCUUGAUGCACAGUCAGAGACAAUGGGUGACGACGUGGUACUCUUUUCAGUUCUUAACUUGUCUGGAAAGUCACUGGAUGUGACUCUAUCAAGCCGGACUCUGUCGUGGGUUGCAAGCGCUUCAUCCAGGGUGAGCGACACUGGGGUUCGAAAGGUGGAGACCCGCGAGGUACAUCAUUAUCAUUUUGUGAAACUGAGUGAGAUCAUCGGUGUGGACACAGAUAUCCCCGAGACAGAAGACAAAAGUGGCCAGGGAACUACGACACCUCAUAAACUUAACAAUCAAGACGACUUGACUUUUACAGUUCACUGUAUACGAAGGAACAAACAAGGCAAAUGGCGAUUACGAGAUCUGAAGUUUGAAUGCACGGACGAGGCAACACGCCAAUCUUGGGUGGACAAAAUCCAAGAUGGAAUAUGCAAACAAGGACCCGUGAGGCCUAGACGUCUAUUAGUAUUCAUCAAUCCAUUUGGAGGAAAGAGAGAAGCAGCUAGCAUCUACAGAACGCACAGUGCCCCGCUUUUUAAGCUUGCCAGAAUUAAGACCACGGUGAUCUUCACCGAAGCUAAAAACCAUGCCCGUGAUGUCAUGCUGACAAAAGAUCUGACAGCCUUUGAUGGGGUUGUUUGUGUUGGAGGGGAUGGUACCUUUGCUGAGGUUGUUAACGGUCUCCUUGUGCGCACACAGCAAGAGGGAGGUGUUGACCACCAUGACCCCGAGGCUAGCCCCUCAUGCCCCAAGCUACGGAUUGGGAUCAUACCUGCAGGCUCGACUGAUGUCAUAGUCUGUGAUACAACAGGGGUCAACGACCCAGUGACCUCGACUAUUCAAAUCAUUCUUGGGUGUUCACUAGGCCUGGACGUUUGCUCGGUUCACAGCGGCCACCAGUUGCUAAGGUACACAAUCUCAUUCAUGGGGUACGGCUUCUUCGGAGACGUCUUGAAGGAAAGUGAAAACUACCGUUGGCUCGGACCUAGAAGAUACGAUUUCAGCGGUUUCAAGAAGUACUUCGCUAACCAGUCAUACUGUGGUGAGGUCUCAUUUCUCGUCAGCGCCGAUGAAGAUCACCACCCGCAGGACAAGACAAAAUGCAGGGUUGGAUGUGUUGUAUGCCUAAGACGAUCAGAAUCUCAGUUGAGUGACCUGCGUGAGUGUUUAGACAGCAAUGUGGAAGCAAUCGACCUCCAAGAAGUUAAACAGGAAAAAGAAGUCUGGAAAAAGGUCACAGGUAACUUCUGCGCCGUCAACGCAGCACUUGUUAGUGGUUGCAAUCGUCUGUCCCCUACGGGUAUAGCGCCCUCGUCACAUCUCGGUAAUGGGUGUCUAGACUUGCUCCUAGUCCACAAAUGCUCAAGAAUCAACUUUCUGAGACACUUGAAUCGACUUGGGAGCUAUGGGAAUCAUUUCAACUUUGACUUUGUUGAGGUGCACCGCGUUAAAGAAUUCAACUUUAAGUCCUUGCCGAACUGCGACGAGAAAUCCUCCGGUUUCCAGCCAGAACAAUCCACGUCCAAUACAUCUCUGGUCAAGCAGCCACAGGCCAGGUACCGGGCAGCGGGGGACACCAGCACCAGUACUUGGAAUAUGGAUGGCGAGAGUGAGGACAUUGCUGAUAUUAACGUGCACGUUCACUGCCAACUAGUGAAGAUCUUCGCCAGAGGUCGGGAAGACGUUGGAUCCAUGACUGCCACAUGCUGCUCAUCACAAAGUAAAAGAAAGAGCAAGUCUGCGUGGAGAUGAAGAUCGCCAUGGCAGUUCUCCACAUCGGACAAGACGCUUUUGAAACGCAUGAUGUGAGUGGAUUCAAGCAAGGCUGAAGUCAUGAGUCCUUAAAAAUUAAUCCAAAAUCAUAAUCUGUCCUCUUGGACAUUGUUGAAAUGGUUUUGUUUUCCCUUGUGCUUCAGUUUAUAACUUCAGCUUAUAACUCACAAAGUGUUAGAUAGCCUUGGAAAGUGAAAGCCUCAGCACUUAAAAUUACCAAAUAGCUAAUUGUGUGCUUAAUUUUAAGCCAAGCACGGCCCAAUUUCAUGGCUCUGCUUACCGUUAGCACAUAAUCGGCGCUUACGGACGCAGGGAAUUCUGC